GGACUUUCACAUUGCAAAGAGAGAGGAAGAUAUUGGUUCCUAUGCAGGUUAUAUAGGUUCUGCAUUUAUGUUUGGAAGAACUUUAACAUCUGCCUUUUGGGGUGUUGUGGCCGACCGUUAUGGACGAAAACCAGUUAUAAUUUUCGGCACUUCUAUAGUGGUUGUUUUCAAUACUCUUUUUGGUCUUAGUACCAACUUUUGGAUGGCUGUUAUAACAAGAUUUCUUCUUGGUAGUUUAAAUGGUUUGCUUGGACCAAUAAAGGCAUAUGCUGCUGAGAUUUUUCGUGAAGAAUAUCAAGCACUAGGAAUGUCAACGAUUAGUAGUGCAUGGGGCAUUGGAUUGAUUAUUGGCCCAGCUUUAGGAGGUUUUCUUGCUCAGCCUGCAGAGAAAUAUUCAGACUUGUUCUCAAAGGGUUCAUUAUUUGGGAGAUUUCCCUAUUUCUUGCCUUGCCUUUGCAUAUCAGUGUUCGCCUUGGUUGUGGCUGUUGGUUCAUUUUGGAUUCCGGAAACAUUACAUAACCAUGAUUCAGAAAGGCCGCGUCAAGAUACUUACAAGGCUCUGGAGGCUGCAUCGGAUACAAAAGACGAAAAUGAAUCAGCCCCAAAAGAAAAUAUUUUUAAGAACUGGCCGUUGAUGUCAUCUAUCAUAUCAUACUGCGUUUUCGCUCUUCAUGAUAUGGCGUACUCAGAGAUUCACAAUGUUGGCGAAGUUGACAAACUUUUCAAGCAGACAUGUUCCCAUUCAUCAAAAUGGUAUGGUAAUAUGCGUCUUUAUCUAAAUGUCAAAAUUUGA